AUGCGUUGGACACCUGUUGUACUAGCCACCCUUGCAGGGCUACAAGCAGCUCAUGCUCACGACGAGGAUGAAGUUCCUCACCCGAAUAUGGUCUUGCCUCGUCUUCGCGAUGUAGACGAGCUGAGGCAGAGACGGAAUGCCUUCGAGCCCUGGAAUCCGCCGACGGUAGCCAACAAGCCACGCGCGGACCGCGUGAAACUCAGCCCUCGCCAGACGUCAUCAAUCCCGUUGGGAGAUAACUCGCAGUGUGGUGGAACAUACGGCAGAUGUGCCGAUGGGUACUGCUGCUCAGCUUCAGGAUGGUGUGGUCAGAGUGAGCAAUACUGCGCGUCUCCUGAUUGCCAGAUCAAUUACGGUCCUGCCUGUGACGGCAAUGAGAAGCCCAAUGGCCCGGAUACCUCAAACUACGCGAGACCAAAGAACGGUGACGUUCCCUAUGGUGGCGUUGGCAUCUAUGCCUGCGUCAACCAGGGUGAUGUUGCCAUCACGUACGAUGACGGUCCUUACAUCUACACCGCUGCCAUGCUGGAUGCCUUCAAGUCUCACGGUGCCGUCGCUACUUGGUUCAUUACUGGCAACAACAUCGGCAAGGGUAUGAUCAACGUCAAUUACCGCGAUGUCAUCACACGAAUGAUUGCCGAUGGCCACCAGGUUGCCAGCCACACAUGGUCACACGAGAACUUGGAUCAGAUGACGCUCGCCCAGCGCAAGAACCAGAUGGUCUAUAACGAGAUCGCCUUCAUGGACAUUCUCGGUUUCUUCCCCACCUACAUGCGUCCGCCUUACUCCAUCUGCGGAGCCGAGUGCCAGGGACAGAUGGCCGACCUGGGCUACCACAUCACCUACUUCGAUCUCGACACCCAGGGCUACCUGCACACCCCCGCCGACCAGAUCGGCUUCAGCGUGAACCUCUGGGACCAAGCUAUGCUGGCUCGCACCCCUUGCAACGGCAGCUACCUGCACAUCGAGCACGACAUCCACCAGUACAUCGCCACGACCCUGACGAACCACAUCCUCGACUCCGUCGUUGCCAACGGCUGGAACGCCGUUACCGUCGGUACCUGCCUCGGCGACCCCCCAGAGAACUGGUACCGCGGCGCCGUCCCGGCCUACAACUUCAAGAUCACCCCCGUCAGCUCAAAGGUCUGCUCCAGCACCUCCAGCUCCUCGUCCAGCUCGACAAAGACGUCCUCGUCUACCCGCACCUCGUCCGCGACCUCCACCUCCACCGCCGUCUCCACCAACGGCCAGUGCGGUUCCACCGUCGGCUUCACCUGCCAGGGCUCGUCUUACGGAAACUGCUGCUCCGGCGCCGGAUGGUGUGGAUCCACCUCCAGCUACUGCGGCACGAGCUGCCAGUCCAAGUACGGCACUUGCGGAAGCUCCUCGUCCAACACUACUUCCAGCAGCAGUGGUAGCAGCAGUGGCACCUCCUCAGGUAGGACCUCUUCCUCCUCUUCGUCCACCCGCAGCGGCACCAGCAGCAGCAGCUCUUCUCGCACCGGCACGUCGAGCUCCAGCUCCCGCACCGGUACCAGUAGCAGCGGCAGCUCAACCCGCUCCGGCACCUCCAGCUCCGGCUCCACAACCCGCACCGGCUCUUCCUCGUCCUCAUCGUCUAACACUCGCUCCUCCUCAGGCACCGGCACGGCAUCUGCCUCCAGCUCCGCCGCCUCAUCCACCUCGACGCUCCCCGUCUCCACAGGCGGUGACUGCGGUGCCUCCAGCGGGAAGCACUCCUCCGCAAGUGGAAGCGGCUCAUCUUCUUCCGCCUCCGAUGCCGCAAGCAGCUCCGGCUCAGCCUCCGCCAGCGGCAGCGCCACGUCCUCCGCCUCCGCCGUCCUCCCCAGCACCUCCCUCAUCUCCACCGACGGCUCCUGCGGCGCCGCCGCCGGCAAGUCCUGCACAGGAAGCACUUUCGGCACCUGCUGCUCCGUCUACAACUACUGCGGUACCACCGACGGCCACUGCGGCACAGGCUGCCAACCAGGUUACGGCUCCUGCAACGGCACGACCUGUUCCGGUACGGGCGUCAACGUCGCCGUCUCGCUCAACGGGAACUGCGGCUCCACGAAUGGCGGGGCGACGUGCACCGGUUCGACGUUUGGAAACUGCUGUUCCGCGUACGGAUACUGCGGCAGCACGUCUGCUUUCUGCGGCACGGGCUGCCAGUCCGGCUUCGGUACCUGUGGUGAGUAA